AUGUCUCAGCAUGAGUUUGAGAUAGAAGCAGUUAUGGAAGCCCUUGAUAGUCAAGGAGUCCUUACACAGUGCAUAAAGAUUCUUCGUGAGCUGCAGAAAAAUUUCACAACCAAGAUAUCACCAUUCUACAACGGUGAUAACAUUGAUGUCAAAACAGGAGUUAGGCAAGGCGAUACCAUCUCGCCAAAAUUAUUUACCAGCGCCCUCCAAAACGUCAUGCGAACAGUGGAAUGGGAUAAUAUGGGAGUGAAAAUCGACGGUCGGCAGUUACACUAUCUUCGCUUUGCUGAUGACAUCGUCCUUAUAACACCAAACAUUAGCCAAGCGGUACGUAUGCUUGACGACUUUGAUAAAGCAUGUGGAAAGAUUGGUCUUCGACUAAAUCUCACAGAAACGAUGUUCAUGAAGAACGGAUUGGUUUCGUAUGCUCUAUUCACGCUCAACGGAACGAAUACCUCCGAAUGCUCCAGUUAA